GCCUCUGUGUGAACAUGUGACUUACACUGCACUAAAAGGUAAACAGAGUCCUCUAGCAAGCAACUGAUUUUAGAAACGAGAUAGUGCCCCUUUAAAAGUAUGCUGAGAUGGAUUAGCUAGGAGGUGUCAACACAACACAUUCCUUCAAAGUACACACCUACUCACCCACUCCCUCUCCAGUUACAUUUUCAGACAAUAUAAUUGUAAUAAAUGGAUGCGCUUUACUUAAAACCAUUCUGAAGAAGUUGGAUUACGUAUAGUCUAAUGAAAGCCUCAAUGGAAAAGAAAUGGACAGAUUACAACUGCUUUGCUUCACAGUCAUGACUGACGAGAGCAAGAAUUUUUAUUAUAUUCUGAAUUACCUCAAUAACCAACUAUACAAAGAUGAUGUGAAGGCCCUGCAGUUUCUCUGCUGUGAUCACAUCCCUCUGAAGCAACAGCAGCUCAUUAAAGAUGCAAAAGACCUUUUUAGUCAACUGGAACAAAGGGGAAUGCUGCAAGAAGAUGACAAGUUCCUCAUAGCUGAACUUCUCUACCGAAUACGUCGUUUUGAUUUACUGAAAAUUAUUCAUAGUACAAAAGACAUGGAGCAUAAAUUGACCAAAAAAGCAUAUAUUUCGAGUUUCAGGCAGCUCCUGUUUGAUAUCGCAGAAAGCAUAACUGAUGAAGAGUUACGGACUGUGAAAUACCUCCUAAAAGCAAGCCUUAACAUAACUGCACUGGAAGACAAAACAAUGUUUGAAGUGUUUACUGAAAUGGAAAAAGCUGAGAUACUUGGACAGACUAAUCUGGAAGAACUGAAGUGUAUUUUUUCAGACGUUAACAAGGCUCUUGUUAAAAAGAUUGAAAUUUAUGAAACUACUGUAAAAGAUGAAUGCAAAGAGCUUUCAUUUUCUGUACCUAGAAGGUGCAGUAGUCAUUUCAAACAAGAUCUGCAGUCAGGAGCUCAGGCAGGUGCUGAUCAGGCUGCUGCUGCUGCUGCUGCUGAUGAUGAUGAUGUCUAUGAUAUGAAAAAUAUCCCCCGAGGGAACUGCUUAGUAAUCAACAACUACAAAUUUAAUAUAGAAAAAAUGAAUCGUGAGGGGACAGAUAAAGAUGCUGAAGUGAUUAAGAAGACAUUUGAACAUUUUCAUUUCGAAGUGAAUCAGUUUGAUGAUGUGACUGCAGAAAGAAUGACUAGCGUACUGACAGAGUACCAAAAGAAGGAUUAUAAACGGAAGGAUUGCUUCGUCUGCUUCAUUCUCACGCAUGGAGAUAAAGGGGUUGUACAUGGAACAGAUGUGAAACCUGUAAGCUUACACAGCAUUACCUCUCUUUUCACUGGACAACAAUGCCCAUCACUCAUUGGAAAACCCAAACUGUUUUUCAUUCAGGCUUGUCAGGGUCAUGAUAGCCACACUCCUGUCUACGUGCAUACAGAUACUGAAUUGGAAAGUGAUGCUGUUCCUAUAAAGGAGUCUAUUCCAGACGAGUCAGACUUCCUGAUUGGCAUGUGUACUGUUGAGAAUUAUGAAUCAUUUCGAUAUAAAACAAGUGGCAGUGCAUACAUUCAGUGCCUCUGUGAAUAUCUGAUGCAGAAUGAAAGAGCUGACGAUCUUCUUACUGUAUUAACUCGCGUGAACAAGAAAGUUGGGAGUAUGACCUUCGAAAUAACAAAAGACAAUGUAAAGCAGAAAUUAAAGCAGAUGCCAGAAAUAAAAUCUUCCCUAAGGAAAAAAUUGUAUCUCCAGGUUUCUUAAAUUUAGUAACAAGUAAUACAAAUAAAUUGACUUAAUAAAUAAA